AUGUCCAGCUGCCGGCCCUGCACCCCUUGCUACAAGCCCUGUGACCCCUGCCACAAGCCCUGUGACCCUUGCCACAAGCCCUGUGACCCUUGCUACAAGCCCUGUACCCCCUGCCACAAGCCCUGUGACCCUUGCUACAAGCCCUGUGACCCUUGCUGCCAGCCCUGCGAUCCCUGCUACAAGCCCUGUGACCCUUGCUACAAGCCUUGUACCCCCUGCUACAAGCCUUGUACCCCCUGCUACAAGCCCUGUGACCCUUGCUACAAGCCCUGUACCCCCUGCUACAAGCCCUGUGACCCUUGCUGCCAGCCCUGUGGCCCCUGCCCGCUGGCCAGCAGCUGCAAUGAGUGCUGUGUCAGGCAGUGCCAGAGCUCCCAUGUCGUCAUCGAGCCCUCGCCCGUGGUGGUGACCCUGCCCGGCCCCAUCCUCAGCUCCUUCCCACAGAACACUGUGGUGGGAUCCUCCACCUCUGCUGCUGUUGGCAGCAUCCUCAGCUGUGAUGGAGUGCCCAUCAACUCUGGGGGCUUUGACCUCUCCUGCAUCACCAACCGCUACUGCAACAGGAUCUGCUAA